AUGAGACAGGGAGGAGAAACUAGUGUGUGGGGAGGGAUGGGGGCGGGUGUGCAGCAUGGUUUGAUAGAAGGUGUUCUGUCUUCUACCCCCGUCUGCCAAAGGUGGAGGUCCACCACCAAGUGCCUGCUCCAUUUCCCCCUCCAGGCCUUAUCUUCCCCUUUGGCAUCCUGUGGUAUGGUGCAACAUUCACCCUUUUCACCAAAACACGUUCAGAUCUCAUUCCUUGCCAUGGACUCUGCUAGGGAUGACACUGCAGGUGGGGCUGAGGUGAGAGGAAUGAGGAAGCUGGUGACUGGAGGGGAGUUGCCCCCCAGCUCCAACCAAGCAGGUUCUUGA